CACAGACACUACAGUGUGGAGUAACCCCCUCUGCCUCUGUUCAAAACUGUGAUGGUUCUCUCUAAUGGGAGAAUGGUGAAUGCUAACGUUACAGUUAGUGAACACUCCCUGGAUUCCAGCAAUGGAUUGAUCUGGUUUGCUUCCCCUCCAGUCCGCCCUCCUGCUCUGUUUGACCUCAGAGUUGCUCUGUUUGACCUCAGAGUUGCUGGUUUUGCAAAUCCUGCUCACUUUGUUUGGGAGUUGCUUACAGGACACAUUUAUCCAGCGAUCGUAAUACAAACUCCCCGGGUCGAGUUGAUUUGUCUCCAGUCGGGAUUGAGUCGAAGACCGAGAAUGGCCACCUCAGCGAUUCGAAGACAAAUGAAGAACAUUGUCCAUAAUUACUCGGAUGCCGAGAUCAAAGUGCGAGAAGCCACAUCCAAUGACCCCUGGGGCCCACCCAGUUCCCUCAUGUCCAACAUUGCGGACCUGACCUUUAACGUGGUGGCAUUUUCCGAGAUCAUGGGCAUGAUUUGGAAGCGUUUGAAUGAUCAUGGGAAGAAUUGGAGACAUGUCUAUAAGGCACUGACCCUGCUAGAUUAUUUGAUCAAGACUGGUUCAGAGAAGGUGUCUCAGCAAUGUAAGGAGAACAUCUUCACUGUGCAGACUCUGAAGGAUUUUCAGUACAUUGACCGGGAUGGGAAAGACCAAGGUAUCAAUGUGAGAGAGAAGGCCAAACAGUUGGUUGCUCUGCUGAAAGAUGAAGAGCGUUUGCGCCAGGAUCGAGCUCACGCACUGAAAACUAAAGAGAGGAUGUCCCAGGUGGCUACAGGAAUGGGCAGUAACCAACAAACAACCUUCGGUCGAGGAUCCAGUCAUCCAAACCUGUCUUCGUACAGUUAUGGCGAGGAUUUCAGAAAGUCUAGAGGUGGAUCGCCUGUGUCUCUCAAUGAAUGUGAGUACAGCUACUGGCCUCGCUGCUGCAUGACAAUUUGCUUUGUGCAGCCAAGCACAGAGUCUGAUGAAGAAAUCCAGCUGCAGAUUGCAUUGAGUUUGAGCAAAGAGGAGCAUGAGAAGGAACUAAGAGUGAGGUCAUCCCUUGACGAGGAUGAUGAGGAAGAAGAUGAAAAUCUUCAGCGAGCGUUGGAACAAAGUCGCAAAGAGAGUGAAAUAGCCGAAGUUAGAAAUGAGUCCUCGCUGCUGGAGCUGGCUGAUAUCUUUGGGGCGCCAGUGACUGCAACCGAAACCAGGACUGACCCAUGGGACAGCUCCACCCAAAGUCAUCCAUGGGGAAGCAGCAAUGUGACCUCGCCUCCCUCUGCAGCCUGUCUUGAUCUCUGGGAUACCCUGGGUGCCAAAGCAUCCAUCCCGAAUGCAGCAAAUUCUUGGCCAUCUUUAGACACCGAUUCUGCCUCUCCGCAGGUGUGGGACACAGAUCCGUGGGCCCAGCCUUCUGGCCCAGCUGCUACUCACCAAUCCAGUGUAGAUCCAUGGGCAACAGUGUCAACCAUCGGUACCUCCAGUGCUCUACCAGGUAUCACGACACCAGACGGCUCCACAUUUGACCCAUUUACAAAUUCAGGGGACUCAGCGCUGGAUCAAUUUGCAGAGAGUGCCUGGGUUCAGUCUCCUUCAGUGGUGUCCAAUCUUCCUGCAGCAAAGACGGACCUCCUGGGUGAAACAGUUCUAGACGCAAAGCAGAAUGGUAGCAGUAGUCCGGAUGUCUUCGAUAUGUCUGAAAUAGGGAACUCUCUAAAGGAUUCUUCAAAUGGGCCUCAUCGAACUCCAGAAUUAUUCCUGGACCCCAAUGCUGCCUCGCUGGUGAAUCUGGACUCGCUGCUGUCUGCACCAUCUCACAACCUUAAAAGCAAGAACCCUUUCCACACGUCAGGUGGUCUUAAUUCAAGCUCAACAUCGAACCCUUUUCAAGUCACCGACCAGAAUAAACUGACCUUGAAGCAGAUUCAGAGCAGUGCUGGUUUUGCCCAACCCACUAUGGGCAAUGGCAGUAUGGGCAGGGCACCAAUGCCCUUGAUGGCACCACAAACCAUGGCUCCUAGCUGCAUGCCAACCACCAUGACCCAUCCUUCAACAUUCAGUGGUUUGCCCCAGGCAGCAGGCAUGGUGCCAGCCACGGGAAUGGCAGUGGACAUGAGUCAUCACUUUGGACAGCCGCUGCUCCCAGUUUCUAAACCUGCUGGAAUGCCUCAGCAAACUACAAGCCUAAACCCCUUUCUCUGAGGUUAGUGACCUUUAGUUAGGCUGUACAAGCUGUGUUUAUGGUACUAUGGAGAGGAGGGAUGUGGUCAGUAGGAACACUAUCCCAUGCUGCUUCACUGGGACAAACUGGAGUGACUUUGCAAAUAUAUAUUGGGGCUGUGUAAAACUUCAUAAAUAAACAUCUAAUUUUAUACCACUGGCUGAAGUGUCAUG